GACAGAUUUGAAAACUUUUCGUUUGAAAGACGUUACAUGUCUGCCAGAAAACAAGCGUUAUUUUUUGAGUUUGCCAUUGUUUUCAUGCAAUAAAUGUUAAAUUAAACUUUAUUUUGCAUUGUUUAUUCUUAGAAAACAGGUGUACUUUAACAUUUAAAUGUGCUGCUAACGAUUGGUAAAUUGCGUUCAUCGGCACGCGGUUUUCUUAGAAGCGAUUGACUCCACCGCGUUAUUCCUAAAUCCAACAAAAUUCCGAAUUACAAAAUGGAUGAUUUUUUGAAAAUUGAAAAGAUUGGUGAAGGUACUUACGGUGUUGUGUACAAAGGGAAAAAUAAAAUAACUGGCCAGUUUGUGGCUAUGAAAAAAAUUCGUCUCGAAUCUGAAGAUGAAGGAAUACCGUCGACUGCAAUCAGAGAGAUAUCUCUUCUGAAGGAGUUAAACCAUCCUAAUAUAGUGAAACUUGAAGAUGUUCUCAUGGAAGAGUCUCGACUUUACCUUAUUUUUGAGUUCCUCUCUAUGGACCUGAAGAAAUACAUGGACUCCCUUGGAUCCGGGAAAUUUAUGGAUCCCGCGAUGGUAAAGAGCUACUUGUAUCAGAUCAACAAUGCCAUCCUUUACUGCCACCAGCGACGCAUCCUGCAUCGCGACCUGAAGCCGCAGAACUUGCUCAUUGAUAAGACUGGUAUUAUUAAGGUAGCGGAUUUCGGUCUGGGGCGCGCGUUCGGCGUGCCCGUGCGCGUGUACACGCACGAGGUCGUCACACUCUGGUAUCGCGCGCCGGAGGUGCUGCUCGGCAGUCAGAGAUAUUCCUGCCCGAUAGAUAUCUGGUCUGUCGGAUGCAUAUUCUCUGAGAUGUCGUCCAAGAAACCACUGUUCCAGGGAGACUCUGAAAUUGAUCAACUCUUCCGCAUCUUCAGAAUGCUGCGUACCCCGACGGAGGAGCUGUGGCCGGGAGUGUCGUCGCUGCCGGACUACAAGCCCACCUUCCCCAACUGGAACACCUUCAACCUCCACAACCACGUCCAGAAUCUGGAUGAAGUGGGCAUGGACCUACUGCAGAAGAUGCUAGUAUAUGACCCGGUGAAACGGAUCUCUGCCAAGGAAGCCCGCAGACACCGCUACUUCCGGGAUGUCAAACUGCCUCCGGGGCUCUCUGUCAACUCCGCAUACAUCAGAUUCGUGCCCGAAGACUCUCCUGAUACUGAUAGCAGUGCGCAGAGUGUUUAGUCUUGGUGAUAUAUGAAAUGUGAUUUGUGCAGUGAUGAUUUUAUGGUGUAUUGUUUACAUGGACCAAAUACAGAGAAGAGGGCAAAGUGAGAUCAAGUUAACUAAUCACAGUGCGUCUUUGUGACGAGACGACAAACACACUGAAAUUUGUUUGGAAGUAGUUAGAUGUGAAUUACAAACUUAUUUUUCACCUUUCAAAUUUUGCGCAGCAACAAUUUUGCGCUAGAUGUAGGGGAGCGGGUGUUGGUGCAUCGUUUCCCACGCGUCUGCCCCCCUUAUCACACAACUUUUGCUAGAGAAGUGGCAAUAUGGUAAUAUCUCCUUCUCUAUUUUUGCUUCAUGAUUGUUUGCCUUGAUAGGUGACGCUAAAACAGUCUUUAAAGUUUUUCUAUUUAUUAGUAAAAUGGCGACAUUAAUAAUAUUUUAACAUAAUUCGUAGCUCAGCAUUUUAAGACAAUCAAACUGGCUGUAGCCAUCAAAUAAUUAGUAGGAGUCAAAUUCAAUUCAAUUGAAAAUGAACCAUCACAGAAUUAAUUGGAAUACAUAUAAUGUCUCAUUGGGUGCUAAAAAUAUGUGUGUAUGUGUAGAACAUUGGAAUGAAUAAGUGUGAUAAUGGUGCUCAAUGCUACAUUUUUGUCUCGGGUGACCCAGACUGAAAACACAUGGCGAUGGAAACUAUUUCAACUCUCAGUGCUUGUAUUUAAAGAUAUUUUUCCUUUGAGGACAAGCAAAGUAUAAGUUCAUAUAUUUUCAUUGCAAUACACUCUUCUAAUUGAUUAGGCAGUUUCAAGUGAAAAUUUUCAUCUGGUGUAUAAACCUACAUCCAGUAUAUUUGAUACAAUUGAUAUUGUUUUACAGAUAAUUUAAUAAGAAGACCAAACAUUUUAUUCAAGCACCUAAGCAAAUUGGAUUAGAGAGUUUAUCAUCAUAGUUUAGACAAGACUACAAUAUUUUUAACAUUUUAAAAUGCAAUAACAUUGCCAUUUAGUAAUGUGUCUCGCUCGUACUGUAAAUAUUGUGUUUCUUGUUGCUACAAAUGUCCCUUGUGGUUAGGUGAUCUGCUGAUAUAGAGCAAAUGUAAUGCCAGAAAACAGAGUAUGCGCCACGAAAGAACGGGUACCGCCGAAAUUUGUGGUUUCGGUAUACAUUGCUGGUUUUUCAUUGCGGUAAAUAAAAGCUUUCAUACAAACUACGCAAUGUUCAUGCGCGUCGGCAUCUAUCAGAGUUCAUCGAUAGUGUAUAGCUGUCAUGACACUAUUUUGUCACGUGUUGUGGAACUGUCAAUAACAGAAUGGCUACGUUGUCAUUGUCAGCAUUGCAAGAGUCUGUAAUAUUCAUAUUACUUAUGAUUAAUAAUUGCUAUAUGAAAAGUGAAAUGUUUUUUUUACUUAAUUUACAAUAUGUACAUUGCGUGUUGUGCUGUGUGGUUCCACCUUAGAAUAACUUCCCACUCCAUAUCUUCCUGUGAACGACAUCAGUAGAGGCGACUAAGGGGCACCUAGCCUAAGCAUCUAAUAGGAAACAAUAGCAUUUACAAGAAAGGUUGACGGCAGACAUGUUCGGUUGUAUAUUCACAGUCGAAUCUCUGCUGAUCUUGCGCUUCGCGGCUUCGCAGCCCCCAACAGACCCGGGAACAUGCGGGAGUUGAAGGAGUACAUUAAGUAUAAAAAACAUUUUUUUAUAAAGUAAAUAUUUCUUGUUUAGUUUGUCAUGUGUUCAAUUGUCGUUUUUUCUUCUGGCCUUGGAUGGCUUGUGUAACACUUUGGUUUGUGUUUUGGAUGUGUGGGUAAUGCAUAGUUUUAAGUUUAUUUAAAUGCAGACUUUUUAUUUUUAGUAUACUGUAACGUCUGGUACGCAAAGUCUUAAAAUACUGGAUACUCUGUGUCAAGACUAUCUAAUCUAGAUAUUGAUAAAGCCAGCCUUACUUUAAAGUUUAGGUAAUUCGUCACAGAUCGGACUCAAAAUCAUUGUAAAUACUAAAUAGAUAGUUGUGCCAAAAAUAUACAGUGUCCCAUGUAUCUCAAGAAUUCUUUAUUUAAGCCGAUUUUAAUGAACUGCAUUUAUUGGCAUUGAAUAGCCGAUUAGGAUAUAAUUAAUAGUUUAACUGAAUUCAGGUUAAUUUGUAAAAUAUAAAUUGACAAUUUUAUUUA